AUGGGGAGACAAGGAUCACCAAGAAGUCCUCGACCAGGAACAAUAAAUCAAGAAGAGAAAAUUGGGAGAAGAAGUUUGGAUUCUUUAUCUGGAAAUGAUCUCUUUCUUGGUAGAAGAAUACAUGGAUGUGAACUUUCCAAAUCUCAAGGAUCAGCUAAACAAUAUCAAAGCUGUGGCAGUAGCAACAACAAGUUUAGUUACUCUUUGAAAAAGCAACAAUCAUGGCUUCGAAAGAACUUCAAGUCGAUUGUUCUGAUGAUCUCAGUCACCGGUUUCAUUUUCUUUCUCGAUUCCAUUAUGGUUACGAUCUUUCGUUCAGAUAGUACCACCAUGGUGCAGGACAUUUCAAGGUUGAGCAAUGUGACUCUUCACAAGAAUAAAGAAGCUCAAGUUGAAGCUUCACCGGUGAAAAUGUAUAGCCGGCUUCUAAACGUAGCUUCAAAUUCUCUUGCAAAGAACGAACUCAAACCCAAUAAAAUGAAUUUCCGGGAAGAAAGAUCUUCAAAGUCAUCAUCGCAGUGGAAGCCUUGUGCGGAUACUAACAAAGCAUUAGAGAUGUCUAGAGAAUUAAGCAAUGGUUACAUCAUGGUUAGUGCAAAUGGUGGCCUUAAUCAACAGCGAGUGGCUAUAUGUAACGCUGUUGCGGUUGCUGCUCUGCUCAAUGCGACUGUAGUUCUUCCUCGGUUUCUUUACAGCAAUGUAUGGAAAGAUCCUAGCCAGUUUGGUGAUAUAUAUCAGGAGGAUGGGUUUAUUGAGUAUCUGAAAGAUGGGGUUCACAUAGUAAAAGAUCUUCCUCAACAUUUAAAAUCUACUGAUAAGAAGAAUCUCAGUUUGGUUACUGAUGAAGAACUUGUAAAAGAGGCAAAGCCAGAUGAUUACAUCAAACACGUUCUUCCAUUGUUAAAGAAGCAUGGAAUGGUUCAUCUUUUUGGAUUUGGGAAUCGCCUUGGCUUUGAUCCGUUGCCUUUUGAUGUUCAGAGAUUACGUUGUAAAUGCAAUUUUUUACAGAGAUUACGUUGUAAAUGCAACUUUCACGCACUGAAGUUCACGCCAAAGAUUCAAGAAGCAGGAUCUCUGUUGGUAAAACGGAUAAGGAGAUUUGAAAAAUCGCAUAGCAGAUUGGAUAAAGCACUUCUUGGUGAAUCCAUGGCAAAAGAUUCAUUUAAAGGAGAUGAAGAACCGUUGAAGUAUCUUGCUUUACAUCUAAGGUUUGAAGAGGACAUGGUUGCUUACUCUCUGUGUGACUUUGGAGGAGGAGAAACCGAACGUAAAGAGCUUCAAGCGUACCGUGAAGAUCAUUUCCCUCUUCUCCUCAAACGUUUGAAGAAAUCAAAGCCAGUUUCUACAGAAGAGUUGAGAAAAACGGGUAAGUGUCCAUUAACACCAGAGGAAGCGACUCUGGUUCUUGCUGGUCUUGGAUUCAAGAGAGGAACAUAUAUAUACUUAGCUGGAUCUCAAAUCUAUGGUGGCUCUUCUCGUAUGCUUCCCUUAACAACUCUUUACCCGAAUCUCGUCACCAAAGAAGCUCUCCUUACACCCCAAGAACUCGCACCAUUUAAGAACUUCUCAUCUCAGCUAGCUGCACUGGAUUUCAUAGCUUGUGCAGCUUCAGAUGUGUUUGCAAUGACUGAUUCUGGGAGCCAACUAUCAUCCUUAGUCUCUGGAUUCAGAACAUAUUACGGCAACGGUCACGCACCAACGCUGAGGCCUAACAAGAAGAGGCUUGCAGCGAUCUUAUCAGACAGUGAAACAAUAAAGUGGGAGAUAUUUGAAGAUCGCAUAAGAAAAAUGGUCGAGGAAGGCCAAAAGAUUCGUCGUAGGCCUUACGGACGCAGCAUCUAUAGACAACCACAAUGUCCUGAGUGUAUGUGUAAAUUUUGA